CAUGUUUGAGACUGCGUGACGUAUGCACGCCACGCGCAAGUACCCGGACUCAGUCGGCCAUUUUGUCGCCGGACAUCCAGCGUGACGGACCUGAAGAACCAAGAUGGCCAAGAAGUUGGGGUUUGCUGAAAACUUUGCUCUCAGUGGCGCUGCUGCCGUCAUUUCUAAGACAGCUGCUGCUCCCAUUGAGCGCAUCAAGCUCCUUGUCCAGAAUCAGGAUGAGAUGAUCAAGGCUGGGCGUCUUUCAGAACCAUACAAGGGUGUCAUAGACUGCACUGUCAGAACUUUUAGAACAGAAGGUCUCUUGCCAUUUUGGAGAGGAAACCUUGCCAACUGUCUUCGAUAUUUCCCAACCCAGGCCCUGAACUUUGCCUUUAAAGACAAGGUUAAGGCACUGUUCAAAUCUAGCCCUGAUGAAGGCCAAGCUAUGAAGUUUACCAAGAACAUUUUUUCUGGAGGUGCAGCAGGAGCUAUGUCUCUGAUGUUUGUCUAUUCCCUCGACUAUGCUAGAACCAGGUUGGCCAAUGAUGCAAAAGGAUCUGCCAAAGGAGGUGGUGAGCGUCAGUUCAAUGGUCUUAUUGAUGUGUACGCCAAGACCUUGAAGUCCGAUGGCAUUGUUGGUCUAUACAGAGGCUUUGUCAUCUCCUGUGUGGGCAUCAUUGUGUACAGAGGAUUCUAUUUUGGCUUGUAUGAUUCCCUCAAACCCUUGCUUCUUGGUAAAGAUGCUGGAGUGUUCAUUUCUUUUCUCUUGGGCUACGUGGUGACCGUCACUUCUGGUCUAUUGUCAUACCCAAUUGAUACCAUCAGGAGACGUAUGAUGAUGACCUCUGGCCAAGCUGUGAAGUACAAGGGCUCCAUAGAUUGCGGUAGACAGAUCAUCGCAAAUGAAGGCUUCAUGUCUCUCAUGAAAGGAGCAGGUGCUAACAUCCUUAGAGGUGUUGCAGGAGCUGGUGUGUUGGCUGGUUUUGAUAAAUUCAAGGCAGUAUACAUAAAAUUCCGUCUUGGAGAAGCUUAAUGACAAAAAUGUUUAGGCUGUAAUUCCUUUCUUUCCCUUAGCAUCAUCUGUGAAUUGACAUUGGCAUACCUGAUUGUACAGACACUUACCAUAAACCAAGAUGUUUUUAUCACUAAAUCAUAUCUGAUGUACUGGUACUAAGACUUAAUGAUAUGCGUAAUUACGAAGAUCAGUGUUAGUGUUUUUUUGACAACACCACUCAUUCCUGGAUGUGAUCAGGGACCCAACAGACUUAAAACUUUCCUUUGUUCAUGCUUUUUGAGUGUCUAAUGAUAUUUAUGAGAAAUAAUGUAAGUUAUGCUGUAAGGACUUGAAAUGUGAUUGCACAUAAAGGUAUUUUGCAUUUGUAGAUGGUUCAUAUAGAAUUCAUUUUCAGAAGUUUACACUUUUGACAUACCCUUAUUAUCACUUCAUUAGUAACUUUAGAGAAUGCACGGGUUACAUGUACUGUUGAAGUGAAAUGUGAAUUAUACAGGUUUGACGGUUAAAAACAAAUUGAGUAAUAAACUAAAAAGUUAAAAUAUA